CGGCAUCCUGUUUUCCAUAUGAUCUCGACGGGAAGGAUCAGUGUAUCGGAGUAGGAUCUGCAUAAAGUCGGUUCCACCCCCCCCACCGAACUCGUGCGUCCCCUCUGAUCCAGUUAAAGUUUCUCCCUUGCUCUUUUAAUGGCCAUCCAAGCGCCGGUUCCGUUCAUCCGCAACAGGAACAGUUUGGACGCGAUGGACGACGGCGAAGGAUUGCCUGUUGACCUCUGUCAAUAUUUUCAGCAGCAACAGAUGGUCACGGUUCCUUGGGUUCUUUGUCCUCCGCCUCCUCCCCCUCCGGGGAUGUCGAUGAUAGGAGGCUUUCCUUUGCCUUCCUCGUCGAGUUCAGUUUCUAGUGCUACGAUGGAUCUCUCUGAUCAACUCAUACUAGGCAUUAUGGAGGAACAGAGGAAUGAGACGGAUCAAAUUCUCAGGCAACAGAGUAAUCUGUUGGCUGCGGGGCUUCGGCAACAGACGAAUCGGCAUACGGCCACUAUCAUACGGAGUCUCGAGUCCAAAGCUUCCUCCCUUUUGAGACAACGGGAAGAAGUGUUGACGAAGGCGAACAUGAUGAAUCGGGAACUGGAGUUGCGCCUGAAGAGCGCGGAGGAGGAGAGGACAAAGUGGCAAGGGAUGGCCAUGGCAAACGAGGCCAUGGCUAUUUCUCUUAGCAACGCUCUCGAGCAAGUACGAGACUCCUGCCACUCCUCCAAUGACAACGGACCGACCGAGUGGGCGGCAAGUGGCGCAGCCAACGAACCAACAGCUGGGAUGGGCUCGACGCGGAGACGGUGCAGGGUCUGCGUGCGUCGUGAUGCGUGCAUGGUGCUGCUUCCCUGCAACCAUCUCUGCUGCUGCGAGCCCUGCGCGGCCUUGCUCGAAGCGUGCCCGUUCUGCGGCUCCGUAAAAAUAGGCAGCAUCGAAGUGUUACUGGAAUGACGUCCGUUUUCUUCUCUCUUCUGUUCUCGACUCCGGUGUCGCUAAUCUACAUGACAUCAACAAUGCUGAAUCUUUUGUGCAAGAUCUCCAGGACUCCUCCACGCGUUAAUCUC